AUGAAGAGUGAACUCAAGAGCAGAGGAAACCAAAUGGAUGAGAAAAUGAAAAUUCAGAAACCUAACACUAUCCUGGAACCUGAUUACCAGCCCUUGGUCAUGAAGAACAUUUCCACCCUGCCUGUGAACGUGUUGCUCUCAACAAGUGGACCCUUCUUUAUCUGCAAAGCUGAUAAAUCCCCUCUGCCCUCAAUUCCUGAGCCUAUCAAACUGGAGAUCGGUGAAGAAAAAGACCUGCUGGUCAAAUUCAACCCUUCCUAUAAAAAUGAUUGGAAUACCUGGGUGGCAGAAGAAGUUCUAGAAAUCAAGUAUGUGGAGCACCCUCAAGUGGAUAGCCUGCACCUGCGUGGAGAAGUGAAUUACCCCAACCUCACCUUUGAGACCAUGGAGCUGGAUUUUGGCUGUAUCCUGAACGAUACUGAGGUGGUCCGCUACAUCACAAUCACCAACUGCAGCCCCCUGGUUGUGAAGUUUCGCUGGUUCUUUCUGGUGGAUGAUGAGGAAAGUCAGAUAAGGUUUGUGACGUGGCCAAGGAAGCCCUACAGUGCCCUCCUGUCCCAGGUGGAAUCCAUCCCAGUAACCUCGACAUCUGUCAGCUCGGCAGCAGUCCCAGCAAUAGAGUCCCCCGAGAUGGAUCUGAGUGAUUUUGUUAAGACUAUCCUUGUGGAUGAAGAAGUUGGAUCUGAAGAAAGGGAGACCAAAAAAGCACAGGUGUCCAUCAUGGCCAUCUCAGAUGGAUUAAAAAUGAACUCUGCUGAAACAGGAAGAAUAGACACAAACCAGAGCCAGGCGGAGUUUCAGGAAUCGCCACGGAUCUUUGAACGGGAUGAAAUGUUUUCCAUUGGGAUAGAAGAAGUGUUUGAUAUUUUGCCUCUCUAUGGAGUGCUGCGGCCACACAGUAGCCACCAGAUAUCUUUCACCUUCUAUGGACACUGUGACAUCAUUGCACAGGCUAAAGCUCUGUGUGAAGUGGAAGGAGGGCCCACCUAUGAGAUAAUACUAAGGGGAGAGGCCUCCCUGGUCAACUAUUCCUUUGACACCAAGGACAUUAACUGUGGAUCACAGCUGUUCGACCAUGUCACAGAGAGUGAAAUCACACUCAAGAACACUGGGAAAGUUGGCUUUGAGUUCAGCGUUCUGACUGACCCCCAGUCUUCGCCAGAGAACCUUCUGCCGGGAGUGCCACUCAUCCAGCCUCUCUCAGUAAGUAGCCCAUCACCCCCCCAACCCAUGACGGCCACCUGA